AUGCAGUGCCUUGGCGGCAGCUUGUCCCUGAUGCUGAUCUGGAUGCUGACGGUGGUUCUGGCCCAGAAAAGGAACACAGACCCAAUGAGCCUGGGGGAGAUCGACCCUCAGUGCUGGGAGAGCUCCUCUCUCGCCCUGGUCGAGAUGAAGAAGCUGCGGGUCGCCGAGACGGUCAGCGGCCUCUGGGACUUCAUGAUCUACCUGAAACUCUCGGAGAAACCCAAACACUCCGCCUUGUUCAUUGACCUGGCUCAGCUGUUCUGGGAUAUAUAUGUGGACUGUGUACUCUCAAGGUCUCAUGGACUGGGCAGGAGGCAGAUCGUUACGGGAUAUACCCUGAUGUACCCACAGUACACGACAGGGUUGGCACGUUCAAGUGACAAGCAAUUAAAGUUCUAAUGCCUGCAAAUUCCCACAAGAACUUGAGUCUUCGGAAUAUCAACUCUCCC